AUGCAGUAUGAGGCGGACGACGUGCUGGAGCCUGAAGAUCAGCUCAGACUAGCACUCAAGACUGCACUCGCAAUUUUGCAAUACAAUGACACACCAUGGCUGGCUGAACGUUGGCGCUUAGGAAACAUGAGCUUCUUCGGCCACCAGCGAACAUUCGACGACGCCACAUUGAAGACAUUACACCUCAGCUCACAAAUAUCAUGGCCACAUCAACCAACAACGGCCACCCAAGUCAUGGAAGGAGUCCAGAAGACCGACGACGUAGUCAGCGACGAGAUCAAGUACGGCAUCAACAACCUCCCUCUCUUCUUCCUCGGAGUCGCAUUGCUCGAGAUUGCGCACUGGAAACCAUUGGAGAGUAAGAUGAUAACACGAGACCAACUGGACCCAGUCUACACCGCGCGACGACUUGCUCAAGGUAGAGCGCCGCUGGGACCAGAGUACCAGAAGAUCGCGCAGAAGUGCUUGCAGUGCAAUUUUGGAUUUGGGACGAAGCUCAAUAGCAAGAGCUUGCAGACGGCGGUAUACAAUGAUGUGGUGUGUGAGCUUGAGGGCAUGAUUGAGAGACUAGCUGUUUGA